ACAGACAUACACUUCAAACUGGAGCAUUCCUCAGUGUAUUCAACGUUCAUCAGUCCCACGGGAUACGAUCUCCAAGUGGGUUCGAAACCUGUUCUAGAUGGUCAAUCUUCUCUUUUAGGUUACAGUUGCUCAGAAAUGGAAAAUUCAAAUAAAUUCAGCACUGAAAUUAAACUUGUUAUUUCUCGAGGUCAAGAAAAUCAUGCUGUUGUCAAGGAUGAAAAAGAUAUCACUUUCAGCUACAUAAGUAAAAAGAUUUGGAAAUGCUCACCUAGAACAAAAAAGGGUUUGACUUUCUGGAGGAUAGCCAAUCGGCUGGAAACGUCGAUGCCAGUUCACAUGAUACAGUCGUACGACGGAGUUGAGAUCAUUAGGAAAACAUUCGGGAAAUUAGAAAUUUUUGAAGUAAAAUAUAUUUCAAUGGAUGGAAGACCGAUUACUGUCACUGGGGAAAUGCGCUUUAAUGAAAGAAUCGAUACAGCUCAUGCAAUAAGUCAAGGCUACGAUGCAAUAAGUAAGAAUGAAAUUCAACCACGCUUCAUCGAUCGCAUACCAAAGAGAGCACAUAAUAGCAAAGAUAACUAUAGGUCUGGCACUACUGAACACUAUUCGAUACUCACCAUAAAUCAAGCUGGUACAGCAACAGUCAAUUUUACUAUGGAACAUUAUGCAAAACUUCAAGUGGAGGAACUAUUACUUGU